GUUCUGAGGAAGUGCUUCUGAUCAACUACUAACGAUUCAACUGCUUGUCAAGCAAAUCCUUCGCUGCUACUGUAUUUUUCUCUCUUCACCACAGUACAGUCCUGCCGCGCCAGAACUGACCGAGCGAUAGACCUGGAUAGCAGACACUACUGACUUCUCGUCGAAUCAUUCAAUGUAAGCUACCAUCGUAUCGUCAACACUCAUACGCAGACUUGGCUGUAUACUGCUUAGUACAUGUACUACAUAGCCGUCUGCGGCUCGUGCUAUUCUGCCUUAUUCGAGAACCUCCAUUAGGAUCCGAUCUCCGUCCAAUACCCAUCGUUAGACUACAGAUCCAUCGUCGAAUUCCGAGACUCUCUUGUUGCCUGACAAGUGGCUGGCCAGUUAUAUACUCAGUCAGGUCUCCACUGUCACCACGAAAUAAACAAACACGAAAGCGAAAGUUUCUUGUUAUUAGGAGGAGUGCAUAUCUCUGCAACCUUUCAUCUGGUUGACUCAACUCUCAUCAUGGCUUCGAAUCGUACCCGCCGCAUUGCGAAAGAGAUUGCGGAUAUCCAUAACGACUCCUACUCACAAGUUACAGCAGAGCCGGUGGGCUCCGAAGAUGACCUCACACAUCUGCGAGGCUCAUUUCGUGGGGGGGGGGGACACCAUACGAAGACGGCACAUACUUUGUUGAUAUUAAGAUCCCGAACGAAUAUCCUUUCCGACCUCCUAUCAUGAAGUUUGAAACUAAAGUGUGGCAUCCCAAUGUCAGCAGUCAAACCGGUGCCAUCUGUCUGGACACGCUCUCAACCGCGUGGUCUCCUGUCCUCACGAUCAAAUCCGCACUUCUUUCUCUUCAGUCCCUCCUUAGCACACCCGAACCCAAAGAUCCUCAAGACGCAGAAGUAGCCAACAUGCUUCUACGCAAGCCGAAAGAAUUCGAACGUGUGGCACGGGAAUGGGCUAUUAAUUACGCCGGCGCGCCUAAGAAGCAGGUUGCUGAGGGUAGUGGUGGUGCCACUGAUGCUUCUAUCCGGGAGCAAGAACGUAAAGCAAAGGAAACGGAGGAACGGGAUGCCCUAGCUGCAUAUGAUGGGUAUAACAAAGAGCUUGUCGAUCGUUUCUGUAGCAUGGGAUUCGAUAUAGACCGUGUGGUGGCCGCCUUUAAACACGUUGGCAUCGACCGUAAUAAUGGAGCCGACUAUGAACUCGAGGCAGAAUACGUUGGAGAUGUUACUGCAUACCUCCUAGGUGAAGACUGAAGUGGCUUGAACGAGCGUUCGGAGCUUAGCCGGAGCAUAUUUCUUUCAGCUCGACACUGAUUUUCCUUUUAAAUAGUUUUACUCCCUGGUUCUGGUAGAUAUGAGGUGGUGAGGUGGUAUUAGCUCAGUUUUAUGUUAUCUUUGAGAACAGGUCGACUGUUAUUAAGUCGUUAUAUAAAGAACUUCAGCACUCUCUUGUAGCUAUCCCAAGACUAAACUCACUGAUUGGCGGGUGAUAC